UUCUCCCCCUCUUUCCUGUUUUAGUACCUCGUCUCAUGCAGCCUUUCCUUCCUCCUUCACUCAGUCUCUUCCCCGCUUCGUCUAAGAAUGGGAAGACUCAUAAUAAUUCUGCUUCUGGUUUUCGGAGGUGCCUGCCCAGGGCACCCACCUGUUCACAUGCCUGUUCUAGAAAUGUCUAUCCGACCUCCGGGCGUCUAUGUAUUAUCUUGCUCACCUUAUUCUACAAAAGAGAGCAUUGUCCAGCUACAUUGGAAAGAAAAACACGCGAAUGGGUCUUAUAGCAUGAUAGGGGCACAGAGUCCAUUAUAUGGAACUCACACUAUGUCUUCCUACAAGGAAGUUGCCAAACUUGGUUGGAAGGCAAACACAACCUACAUCUUGGAGGUUAAGGAGGACAUGGAGGUUUGCUGUGAGAUGGUAAUGUACCCGCAUGGAAGGAGCCCGGAGAGCUGUGUGACUAUGAAGGUGGACACAGAGACUCAACAUUUUAAAUCCGAGCUGAUGGUGGUCUUUUUGGUGGGUGGAUUUUUCUUCUUGGGAUCGCUUGUCAUAUUGUGUUACAUCUGCUGGACCCGGAACCGGGGAGCACAUCGCCUGAGAGAGGACACUCAACAAAAUUGGAAGAGGAGGGGGAUGAUAUACCCUUACCAAAAUACAGUUACUUCAAGUCAUCUGUCUUUUGAUCCUUUGUCUAUGGAAAACCACACAGACCGCAAUGCUUUGCCCCAGAGAAAUGCUCACUGCCAUAGGCCUCUGCCUCAGAGAAACCAGCUACCUCCUCCUCCCCCUGUUCCACCUCCUCGGAACUGGCAACAUCAACCAACUAUGCUUGCAAAGAACCAAAGGCCUUCUGAGGAGAAUUCCUCACCUGACCUUCCAUAUCCUACAAUACCUACCCAUAAGAACUUCUGGACACAUGAGGUUCCACCAAGGUCAAAUGAUAUAUAUAGUAAUGUUCUGCGCAAGAAACCAAAGAUGACUCAGCCAUCAUGGUGUUCUCGAAGAAAUACCCCUACUUUUGAUAUUAUGGUACACUCAAGACCUCUGUGGUCCACUUCCUCAUAUUGUCCUGAAGAAGUUGCUCCACUGCAGCCCACAAUAUCCAAUGUGGAUUCUCCUUUUUCUACCAUUAACCCCAUGUAUCACAGUGGAGCACAAUGGGUAUCCCGCUCCGAGGGUAACAUCCGACUAUAAAUAAUGUAAUAAUAAUUGAGUAUACAUAGACAUUUAUAAUCCACUGACACCACAUCUAUACAUUUAUAUAGUUACUGUGGCUUAAGAGACCCUAUCAACUAAGCAGUGCUGAUCGACAUUUCCAAUCAAUAUCAGCAACGGAAAGAACUGAUUCUGCCCAAAUUUAGGGCCCCCAGAAGUUUCCCUAGAUUAGUCUCAGUUCAUAACAAGCAAUAAUUGCACGGAUGAUAUCACCACCUGUGCAUUACGGGAAUCGGAAACGUGAUCAGCUCGCUGAAAUAAUGGGCACCUCAUGAAAACUAUGUAACCAUCAGAAAAUAUACACCAUUUACUUUAUCAUAUUCUUUAGUAAUUUAUAUUAUAUAUUCUUUGUCUUAUGGUCCAGUAUGUAUUUUAUAAUUCUUUGGUAAAGUGAAAUGCUGUAGCUAAGGGAAGAAAUUAUUCUAUGAGUUGUGAUUCUAAUCCUGUGGGCACCUGGGGAAAAGGCAGUAUUAGGUUCCCUAAUGAAAGUCAGUGAUAAGUGUUCAGCAUGGCUGGCCGCAGGAUAACGCUCUUUUUUUUUCCUCCUUAAUAAUUUAUGAACCAGAACAGGAGAUGCAUUUCAUGUACAGGUUAGCUCUAUGGAGGUAGUGAGUACCCCCAUCCCCCCCAAGUGUUGCUGAAAUGAAAGUCUGAAUAGCACUGGUCAGGAUCAGACUGGUGACUAGUAUUAUUUAUAAAGGCACCAACAAAUUCAGCAGCGCUGUACAAUAGAUGGAUAACAAACAAGUAGUUGCAACAUCACAAGUGAACGUACAGAAACAGAAGUUGCUGAGAGUCCUGCUCAAAAGAGCUUACAUUCUAUGUGGAGUGGGGUACACGAAGUACGGGUAAGAUGUAUUUAAUGUAAUGGAAAGGUAGUUGGCUAGAAGAGUUUACAAUGAUGGAUUUUGUUUGUUUUAGGAUAAGAAG